CAUAAUACGGCUUACGUGUACUCAGCAUUAAUCAAAGUCUGACACCACUUCCCCCAAGUUACUCCACUUCCCUCCUCCCGAAUUACUUUCCCUCGCUUCCGCCAUAUCUCUGAAGCUGAAGAAUCUCAAGCCAGCAAUGGUGGUGGCGGUUGGGAAGAGGGUUCUCGAUUCUGGGUGGAUAGCGGCUAGAUCGACGGAGGUCAAGCUCACCGGGAUUCAGCUCACUACCACUAACCCUCCUUCCGUCGGACCCAAGUCGCCAUGGAUGGAAGCUGUUGUCCCCGGAAGUGUUUUGGCAACCCUUGUAAAGAACAAAGUAGUUCCUGAUCCAUUUUACGGACUAGAGAACGAAGCAAUCCUCGAUAUUGCUGAUUCUGGGAGGGAUUACUACACAUACUGGUUCUUCACAACUUUCGACUGUAAGCUGUCAGCAAAUCAGUUCUUGGAUCUGAACUUCCGUGGAGUGAAUUACUCUGCUGAAGUGUAUCUAAAUGGACAUCAAAAGUUAUUGCCUAAGGGGAUGUUCAGAAGGCAUUCUCUUGAUGUUACUAGCAUUCUAAAUAGUGAGGGAAGCAACUUGCUAGCAGUUCUAGUUCAUCCACCAGAUCAUCCUGGCAAAAUCCCUCCUGAAGGUGGCCAGGGUGGUGAUCAUGAGAUUGGGAAAGAUGUCACGACACAGUAUGUCGAGGGAUGGGAUUGGAUUUGUCCCAUAAGGGAUAGGAAUACUGGCAUUUGGGAUGAGGUGUCCAUAUUAGUUACUGGGCCAGUGAAAAUAAUCGAUCCACACUUGGUCUCGACUUUCUAUGAUAACUAUACAAGGGUAUAUCUGGAAGCUGCAGUGGAGUUGGAGAAUCGAAGCUCUACUGUGGCUGGGUGUACCGUAAACAUUCAAGUGACAACAGAACUAGAGGGAGAUGUUUGCUUAGUGGAGCAUCUGCAGACACAGUACUUGGCCAUAGCUGCUGGUAAAUGCGUAAAAUACACAUUUCCUCAGCUAUUCUUCUACAAGCCAAACUUAUGGUGGCCAAAUGGCAUGGGGAAGCAGGCUUUGUACAAUGUCACCAUCACUGCCAAUAUCGAGGGACAUGGAGAAUCUGAUACUUGGAACCAGCUGUUUGGAUUCCGUAAAAUCGAGAGCUCCAUCGACAAGAACACUGGUGGAAGGUUGUUCAGGGUCAAUGGCAAACCAAUUUUCAUCCGAGGGGGUAACUGGAUAGUGUCUGAUGGGUUGCUGCGGCUUUCCAGAAAACGGUAUGAGACAGAUAUAAAGUUCCAUGCUGAUAUGAAUUUCAACAUGAUCCGCUGUUGGGGUGGUGGGGUGGCUGAGAGACCAGAUUUCUAUCAUUACUGUGACAUUUAUGGCAUACUAGUGUGGCAAGAAUUUUGGAUCACUGGAGAUGUCGACGGAAGAGGAGUCCCUGUUUCAAAUCCAAAUGGUCCAUUGGAUCAUGACCUCUUCUUGUUCUGUGCCCGUGACACCGUCAAGCUCCUAAGGAACCAUCCAAGUCUCGCUCUUUGGGUAGGUGGAAACGAACAAGUGCCACCACCUGACAUCAACAAUGCCUUAAAGAAAGACCUGCAACUAAUGCCUCAUUUCCAAACCGUCAUAGAAGGAGGUAAAAAACUCCCAGUGUCAACAGCUCUCUGCGACUAUCUCGAUGGCACACGAAUCUAUAUUCAAGGAUCGAUGUGGGAUGGCUUCGCCGAUGGCCAAGGGAACUUCACCGAUGGGCCGUAUGAAAUUCAGUACCCUGAGAGCUUCUUCAAGGACGACUUCUACAAGUAUGGCUUCAACCCUGAGGUUGGUUCUGUGGGAAUGCCAGUUGCUGCCACCAUCAGAGCUACAAUGCCCAUAGAGGGAUGGCAAAUCCCAUUGUUUAACAAGGUUGCUGAUGGUUAUGUGGAAGAGGUGCCAAACCCAAUAUGGACAUACCACAAAUACAUUCCAUAUUCCAAACCUGGCAAGGUUCAUGAUCAAAUACUGCUAUACGGCCUCCCAACAGACCUUGAUGAUUUUUGCCUGAAGGCUCAACUUGUAAACUAUAUCCAAUACAGAGCUCUUCUGGAGGGCUAUAGUUCUCAUAUGUGGAGCAAGUACACUGGUGUCCUUAUUUGGAAGAACCAGAACCCAUGGACAGGUCUUCGAGGCCAGUUUUAUGAUCAUCUUCUCGACCAAACUGCAGGUUUUUAUGGCUGUCGUUCUGCUGCAGAACCACUACACGUCCAGCUAAAUCUGGCUACCUAUUUCAUAGAGGUUGUCAAUACCCUACCAAAUGAUCUGUCAGAUGUGGCUAUAGAAGCAUCUGUAUGGGAUCUGGAAGGAACAUCCCCGUAUUACAAAGUCUACGAAGACCUCUCAAUUCCUUCGAAAAAGACUACACGCAUUGCAGAAAUGAAGUACCCCAAGUGCAAGAAUCCGAAACCAGCAUACUUCCUCCUACUGAAACUCUACAACAAGUCGGAUUACAGCAUCUUAUCCAGGAACUUCUACUGGCUGCAUCUGCCUGGUGGCGAUUACAAAUCCCUGGAGCCAUUCAGGAAGAAGAAGAUCCCUCUCAAGCUCACGACACAGACCUUUAUCAGUGGAACAACCUAUGAAAUGGAAGUCCUUGUCCAGAACAGGUCCAAGAAACCUGACCCCUCCAGACAUUUGACCGACCAGAACAACUUCAUCACCAAAAUCCAACACAAGGCCGCUGGUGAUGACUAUGAUGCGAACUCAGAGCUGCAGCCUGUACUAACCAAUCCACAAGAAAACGAUCAUGAUGAUGGGACGCGUAAAGGUGGCUUCUUCAGAAGUCUGUCCAGGAUCUUUUUCAGCGAAACUGAUGGGAACUCCACGAGGGUCUGUGAAGUGAAUGGCAGUGAUAUUGGAGUCGCAUUUUUCAUUCAUUUUUCUGUUCAUGCUGCAAAUGCCAAGUAUCAAGAGGGUGAAGACACCAGAAUCCUGCCUGUUCAUUAUUCUGAUAACUACUUCUCGCUGGUUCCGGGUGAGCAAAUGAGGAUCAAAUUGUCGUUUGAGGUUCCUCCAGGGGUCACUCCAAGGGUGACUCUUCAUGGCUGGAAUUACCCUGGUGGCCAUGCAGUUCAUCAUUGAGCUAGGUGGGGAAGUUUAGUUGGGUUUGGAAAUAAAAAUGUACCCUGAUUUGUUCCUGAAUCCUGAAUAAGAAGUAUCAGUUUGAUUGAAUGUGUUUUAUAGGUCAAUCUUUAAUUGUAAUCAUUAAUUUUGUUUUUUGUUUUUUUAUGAGCAUUCCAUACUUCCUUAUUUUAAGUUCUAAUGAAAAAUAUGCAUUCUUUUUCUC